AUGGUAUCAUCAGACACUAUUGAAGACCUUGACGCUAGUACCAAAACACAUCCGCGAACUACAGUUAUCUACAUUCGCUCGACUAAGACGCAAGAACGCAACUACAAAGUGCUACUGUACUUCCAUCUCAACACAUUCAACAUCAUGGCCAACAUCAAAGAUCUGCAAAUGCAGUGCAAGAUUACCGAGCUGCGCAGCGCUGAGUUGCAGGAAAAGUCGCAUCGAGAAAAGAUGUUUUGGACUACCCUGCACAAACGUUUCGGCACUACCAAGCCAGAAGUCAGCAAGGAAGAGCUUAUUGAACCAAGAAUUGCGCAAAUUAAGCGCGUACAAGACGCAAGCGCAAUGCCGCAUACGUCUUCAAGCAUUGCCUACAUAAACAUGAGCAUGGAGUUGAGCGACAUGCUUCCAACAGAGCUCCGCGACAUGAUAUACGGAGAAAUCAUGCCAAGUCAUGUCAAAGUCAGAAAAGCCGAAGCUGGCGGCAUAUUUUUCGAAAAUGAGGAAGAUGGAAAACGCUUCGACCUCGCUGAUCACGAGGGCUUAGGCCCAGAGAUAUACCUAGAGUUCGUUGUGCGCUUCUAUCGCACGGCGCAAUUUACAUUUGAAAUUCCAAGUGAAGAAGAGAACAUAGCCCUGUUUCUCGCUUCAGACACGUCUGGACUACAGCUCGAUCUGAAGAAGCUAGUCUCAAAAAUUUCGCUUGAUAUCAACGAGCGCCACUUCACAAAGAUGGAGGAGGCAGGGCAUGAGUUCGCCUUCGAUACUCCGUAUACAAGGGCUUCGCCGCCAAUCACAGAGCUAUUGAUGCGGCAUAAAGCCCCCAAAAUGGCUCUCAAGCGGCGUCUCGAUUUCCUCACCACUUUGCUGCCGAUGGAUAGCAAGAGCCGCAUCUUGUCAGUCGCCAUAGAAUACGACGUAAGACACAGGAACUAUCUGCUCAACAUCAUACUGCCGAUCCUCCAAAAGCUCAAAAGCAAGGGCUGGAGACUAUGCCUGAAGCUUGAGGAUUACAAGACAGCGUUGGGUCGGUGCGCGAACUUUACUGAGGACACAUUGGUCUUUGAGACAAAAGGGUGCUUGGAGGGUGUGCAGAAAUGGCUUCAGGUUAGUGAGAUGGAUGCAUUAUGCAUGAUUGAUACUGACUUGGUUAAAUAG